AUCUAACUUGCGUGAAGCGAACUAGGAAACAGAUUGUUCUUCUUCCUCAGCAAAAAGAGACGCACAGAGGAUCCGACUAAGUAUGGACCAAACUAGCAGCUUCCUCUGGUCUGAGUGAGUCCAGCUACAGGAGAGGAAAGUGGAAAACUCCAACACUGCUGCCUCGAGCUGCUGAAGCUCCACACACUGAAUUUGAGUUUGACCAAAAACACGACUCAAAGGAAGUUUCAGUGAAGUUAGCAAAGGAGGGAGCCGGGACUGACUGUACUUCCUGUCUGCUGUUUUCAGCUUCACUCACAGACUUCAUGGCUUCCAGAUCAGAGGAGGAUCUCUGCUGUUCAGUCUGUCAGGAGGUCUUCAGAGAUCCUGUUCUUCUGUCAUGCAGCCACAGCUUCUGUAAAGACUGUCUGAAGAGAUCGUGGAGAGAGAGACCAAUACAUGAGUGUCCAUUUUGUAAGAAAAUAUCAGUGUAUGAUCCUCCUUUAAACCGAGCUUUAAAGAACCUGUGUGAGUCAUUCUUACAGGAGAGAGAUCGGAGAGCUUCAGAGGCUCUCUGCAGUUUGCACUCUGAGAAACUCAAACUCUUCUGUCUGGACCAUCAGCAGCCAGUGUGUGUCGUCUGCAGAGACUCCGAAAAACACACCAACCACAGAUUCAGACCCAUUGAUGAAGCUGCACGACAACACAAGAAGGAACUUCAGGAAACUUUGGAGCCCUUAAAGAAGAAAUUAAAGGUUUGUGAAGAAGUUCAAGUGAAGUUUGAUCAAACAGCAGAACACACUAAGGUCCAGGCCCGACACACAGAGAGGCAGAUUAAGGAGAAGUUUAAGAAGCUUCACCUGUUUCUAGCAGAGGAAGAGGAGGCCAGGCUGGAUGCACUGAGGGAGGAAGAGGAGCAGAAGAGUGGGAUGAUGAAGGAGAAGAUGGAGGCUCUGAGCAGAGACAUAGCAGCUCUUUCAGACACAAUCAGAGCCACAGAGGAGGAGCUGAGAGCUGAAGACAUCUCAUUUCUGUGCAGCUACAAGACUGCAGUGGAAAGAGUCCAGCGCUGCCCCCUGCUGGAUGAUCCACAGCUACCCUCAGGAGCUCUGAUAGACCAGGCCAAACACCUGGGCAACCUGACCUUCAACAUCUGGAUCAACAUGAAGGACGUGGUCUCCUACACUCCUAUCAUUCUGGACCCAAACACUGCUCAUCCAGAACUCAUCCUGUCUGAAGAUGUGACCAGUGUGAGACGAGGAGGAGAGAGGCAGCAGCUUCCCGAUAAUCCAGAGAGGUUUGAUUACUCCUGCUCUGUCCUUGGCUCGGAGGGCUUUAACUCAGGGACUCACAGCUGGGAUGUUGAGGUUGGAGAGAGUACAGGGUGGAUACUGGGUGUGUCAGAAGAGUCUGUGAAGAGGAAGGGAGACAUAGACUCUGGAUUAUGGAUAAUUUGGUUCUAUCGAGGUGAAUACUCAGCAUCGUCUCCAUCAGCAGAGACGGUUCUCUCAGUAGAAAAGAAGCCCCAGAGGAUCAGAGUGAAUCUGGACUGGAGCAGAGGAAAGCUGUCGUUCUCUGAUCCUGAUACUAGCACACACAUACACACCUUCACACACACUUUCAGUCAAAGGAUUUUUCCAUAUAUUGAAACUGUGGCUGGUAAAGUGAAGGUGGGUCCGAUGAAGGUGUCAGUGGAGCAGAUGAGUUGAGGAUGAUAAUAUUCCUAAUGUUGUU